GAAGGAACACUUAUUUCGUGGCGAGGGGUAUAGAUGCCAAGUGGCCACUCCGGCGGUGUGGCACGCGAUUUGGUCAAAGGAUAUGUCCAAGUGUCCUGCACAUUUGGCUUCUGCCGUGCAGGCCUUGCAGAGUCUCCCUCUAGUCAUCCCUCUUUUGAAUGGCCACCUCUUCGUUUUCCCGAUGACGUCGUUCCGCCGCCCCCGUCGACCGCUGCCCCCUCGCAAGUGGCGCCAUCUCCAUGUGCACUGCUUGCUCCCCUCCCCCCUCGUCCGCUUCGUCAGACGAUUCUCGCAUCCGUUGAUGGCAGACCAUCUGUGGCAACGCAGCCUGAUGCGCAAGGCACCGUGCCAGUUUCAGGUGUCGGGGAACUUGUGUCGUUCGACGAGCAAGGCACUCGUGCUUUCGUCGAGGGCGGUGGGUGGGGGAAGGACAUUGGCACAUCAUCAGGCCUCGCCCCGUUGUUCACUAGCAACAGGGACAAGGUCCCAAGAGUUCGACGCACACACACACGUUCGGCCGUGGCAGGAGCACCAGCAACAGGACAUCAAUCCGCUGCGUAUCCAUGGUUGCCUCCCCCUCCUUCGCAAACACGACGGCCUACACCAGACUUGACUUCGGCACCUGUUGGCGAGGCCGCUGCAACGGCCACUGAGGGUGCGGGAAACGUCCAGCUCGACGAACCCGUCCAGGUUUCGGAUUCGUCACCCACUCCUGUACCCGUGUACGGCCCGACCUCGCAGCACGGUGUUUUUGGGACAUUGGAUCCUUUACAGAAUCUGCGCAACAUUGCAGCUCCGAGUCCAGGCCCCACCGCAUCACCUGCGGCCGGGGGCGGGGUGUGGGAUUCGCUAGGUAUGGGCGCCGGUGCACGAGUGAGGGGCACUUACAGGCAGCAGGCGGUGACCUCGUAUUACAACGACCCGCUGGAGCACGCAUGGCACCUGCAGAUCAUGCGAUUCAUUGUCGAGAGCGGCAUGCCGUUCAACUGUGUGAAGCUUGAGAGCUUCAAACGCAUGUUGACGUUGAUCAUCCCGCCUGGGGUUCUAGGAGUCCCCACCCCAAAACCCCCAAUGUAUCACAUGAUCCGUACCACACUUUUGGAUGAGCUUGAUGUGGAAAUCCAAAAGUGUGUGAAACCUGUCCUCGCUACUGCAGCUACCUACGGUUGCAUGAUAAUGACAGACGGUUGGACGAACAUUCGGGGCCAAACGUUGUGCAACUAUCUCGUCCACACUACACGGGGCGCCACAUACGUCGCGACAGAUGUUAUGCGAGGAAAGAAGGAUGCCACUGCUYUGGCGCAGGCUUGGCUGCGAAGGUUGAAGUCCCUUGACAUCAAGCUCGCCGACAUCACCGCUUUCGUCACAGACUCUGCCAGUUCGAACUUUUCUGCGAUGGAGGUGUUCCAGAAGGAUGAGAGUGUCAAGCGUAUCUUCUGGAUUCCUUGUGUGACACACGUCAUGGACCUCAUCCUUGAGGACAUCGGCUGCAUUGACUGGGUGGCGACCCGCAUUGCUCAGGCGCGUUUGGUCACAAAGUUUUUCAAGCGUCAUAGCCACGCUCGCGAAGUUUUGCAAGCUUUCACGACGAAGGCUCUGCUGCUUCCCGCCGAGACUCGCUUCGGUACGCAUGUGAUUAUGAUGCGACGACUUCUUCUUCUGCAAUCACAUCUUAUGCAGGUGGUCGUUGAUGAUCGAUGGAAGGACACUGUUUGGUCAACGAAGAAGAUUCGAGACGACGCAACGGAGGUCACAGCAUGUGUCGGUUGUCCACAAUGGUGGGAGGAAAUGAGAACGCUGUGCAAGUUGUUGGAUCCCAUCAUGGACAUGCUGCAGAUGGUGGACAGCGACACGAGGCAGAUUGGCAAGAUUCUGUGUCGGUACGACGAGAUGAUCGCGCGUUGUUUGUCUGCAUGUGCCGCUUUGGAGAAGGACGAGCAGGACGCGCUGCUUGAAGUGUUUGACAGACGCCGCACCAUGUUCAAGUCGCCUGCUCAUGUUGCUGCCAUGAUGUUGGACCCCGAGUUUCGAGACCCCACGAUGCCAGAUGACGAGGAGAUGCAGCACGGUUUGAAACUCGCUCUGAUUCAGUUUGGGUAUCCGGAACAUUCGGAUCAGCACAACGAGGUCCUCACUGCCAUUGACAAGUUCCAUUCCAGGGAGCCGYCGUUCGACGACGUGGCCAUGGACCGGGCGGCGAGGAGCUAUACCCAUCCCGCCUGUUUUUGGGAGUCGAAGGAGAAGAGGUUCCCGCACACGGCCUUCUUCGCUGGCAGGAUACUGCGUGUGUGGGCGACUGCGUCGCCUUGCGAGAGAGCUUGGUCCCGUUGGAGUUUCAUCCAUUCCAAAUCUCGUAACAGAUUGGAGGUGGCGCGGGCCGAGAAGCUCGUGCGAUGCCAUUGGAACCUUCGGCUCCUCRACAGGCAGGCUAUGUCGGACGAYGCUCCCAGUGACAGGCCACRUCCGUWUGGGAGCUGGGUGCACUACUGGCAGCAGGUGGAGGAGGAGGUGCCCACCGACCAGCAGCUUGUGGCAGACCGAGGAGCCCGUGUGACGGUCACGAAGGAGGAGUUGACGCAGGCGAGAGAGAGGAUGCGCGUCGUGUCCCGCAUGGGAGCCACUCGUCGCUUGCGGGAUGGCGCGGACGCGACAGAACAGCUUGUGGUUGGGUCAUCGGCGACAGCACGGCGCGAAAGAGCCACUGUUUUGCCGACAGUGGCAUUCUAUGCCAGCGGGAAGAGUACUGGGGGGAUGGAUGAGCAGGGAGUCCGGAAUGUUCGCAGGCCAUCUGCACCGUCUAUGGGGAAACGAUCCAUUGGGAGUGUGGGUGGUGCUCGGCACACCGCCAUGGCCGAGUUUGAGGACCGACACGGGAGUGCUUUGCCGACGAAGACGUCUGAUGUCCAUGCUACGAGAGCCGCAAAGGCGAGUCUUUCUCGGGCAGGGAAGAAGGCAUCGGCAAGGAAGGCGUCACGUUCAUCCUCACAUAUGCGUUCCCGAGAGAGAGGAUCGGGCGUUGUKCAUCUCGAGGACGGAGAGAUUGCACCUGACGGCGACGCAUUGGAUGUUGGAGGGAGGGAUGCAACGAUGGCGGAUAUCGUCGGCAGGGAGGGCACAGGGAAUGCAGUGGCAGGUCAGAAGAGACGCGGCAGUGUACUUAUCGUCCACGACGACAGCACAGAUGUCGCCCCGGGAGAGACCACAGGCCCUGAUGAUGCAGGGGACUCCGAUUACGUACCCAAACCACGGGCGGCAGAUGGAGAUGAUGGAGGAGGGUGACGAGUGAGACCAAGGACACGACUCGGGCCGCAAGGGCAGCGAGCAUAGGGCACACCAUUGGCGAUGAUUCCUGCCCCCAUAG